GCACUCUGACAUCACUUUAGGAUCUGAUGCUCUGGAACUCUCCACUGACUCCAGCAGCUUCUCCAACACCUGAGCAGCCCUGUGUCUAACAGAGAGGAGAUGAUGAAAGCGUCUGAUUGGCUGAUGGCACUGCUGCUGCUACAAAGGAGGAGCUCACCUACAAAGGUGUGAAGAGACAGUGAGGAUGACUAUAAGAAGAUGAUGAGGACGAUGAAGCUGGGGCUCUGGUGCGCCCUCUGCUGGGCUUAACUAUGAGUUAAUUGAGUGUUUUUUAUUUAUUUUUUUAAUGCUUGUUGUGACAGUAGGUUCUGGUUCUGUGGUUCUGGUACUGUAGGUGUAUUAGGAGUGUUCAGGUGGGAAUGGACUGAUGUAAAACCCACCAUGAGCUCCACCUUCUCCCACCCAUACUGCCACCUCAGCCAGAGCAGCCUGCACUGCGCCAUGUCUCCGCCUGGUGGCCACCCUGAUAACCGCCUCCACGCCCAGCUUCGCUCCCUCCCCCUGCUGCUGUACCCAGGAAGGGUCCAGGCCGGACUCUACAACGGCCCCUACCUGCCCUACCUGGGGCCCCUGUACGAGUGUCCCUUCGAACCCGCCUUCAUCCAGAAGCGAAACGAGCGCGAGCGGCAGCGGGUGAAGUGCGUCAACCAGGGUUAUGCCAAGCUCCGAGACCACCUGCCGGGCGGGACCGCCGACAAGCGCAUGAGCAAAGUAGAGACACUGAGGGCCGCCAUUCGCUACAUCAAGCACCUGCAGAGGCUGGUGGAGGAGCGGGAGGAGGGCCGGGGUCACGACAGGUCAGACAUCGCAGAAGGUAGCGACGGAGAAGCUCCACCCACAAUCUCUUCGCUUGAGCUCCAAAGCAAGGCCACUGGGAGCUAGAUGUGUGAACUGGGCUUGGAUUCGGCCCUCACUGAACUUUAGUCCAAAUAUUUACAAUAAACUUUUAAUAAACCCCCAAGCACACACCUGAGCUGUACAGGUGUUCACCAGUACAUGUGAAUUUCAAUUGUUACAGCGAGGUAAAACACACAUGGGCAAUGUAACACCUGUACUACAUUGGUAUACACUUGAACCUAGUUGAACAACACACAAAGAAGAAGCUAUCAAUAACAAUAAUGUGGAGAAGCUCCACCUACAAGCCCUUUAAGGCCACUGGAAGCUAUAUAUGUAAUCUGGGCUUGGAUUCGGCCCUCAUUGAAUUUCAGAACAAACCGAGUUCAACAUUUUUCAACAACAUUUGCGGGCAUAAUCAACAACCCUACAAACUCUAAUGCCGUUUUCACACCUGUGCUUAGUUUUUUAUGGUCAGAAUCAGUUGAUGAGUUUGUUUAUUUGGACGUUUUUUCCCCCUUUGGUUUGGUUUGGUUUCACACAGGCAUAAAACCUAAACUCACUAAAAUAUGCACCAAUAAACCAUGCAAGGACAUCAUCUUCUCUGAUUGGUCAAAGCUGUCUGUGCGGGAGUUAAAAAGUAAAUAUAGUGAGAAGAUCUGUACAUCUGUAUAUCUGUGCAGUGUAAAGCUGCUUUAAGACUGAACACGGAAACACUCCUUUUUCAAACUGUGUUUUCAAAUCACAGCUGCACAGCAAUGAACACAGCACAGACCUUGUGCGUAAACAGCAUGGAGCAGCAGAGACAGCGUUUGUUCGUAGCUGUGGUAAUUAGCGUUAUCUGGCUAAUAUAUCAGACCUUCUCUAGCAGGUCUUGAUCACACCUGCUCGGUCAAACCGCAUUAAGGAUACAAAUACUGCUGGUGUGAAAACGCUUUAAGAAAUGUUAUUAAUACAGUAACACCUGAAUCAGGAAGCAUACCUGAAUCAAGCAAUUUACCUGAGCCAGGUAACACACAUGAGCAAUGUCAAAAAUAAAUAAAUAAGCAGUGUUGUGCUAAAGUCUGGCUCUCCUUGGUGAUGUGCAGAAGCGUCACGCAGCAGUAUGGGUACUAUAGAUUACGGUGCUGGUGAUUCUGUAUCUACUGUAACUGUAGAUUAACCCUUAUUUAUAAACAGAAAUAAAAUAAUUCUGAAAUGAAUAAAAAAAUAAUAAAGACUAACUGGAUUAAUUAUACAGAAUACAAUUAAGAAACACACAAACCUUCAGAUGUGAAAACACCUUCUCGUUUCUGGACGUCCGUAGUUGUUCAGAGUUCUGUGGGACCAUUGCUGUAGUGCACUAUUGAAGACUGUGGGGCUGUGAGGGUGUUGGGGGUGUAUAUGAACAUGAACAGGUGCUGUAAAGACAGCAGAUGGAAGCUCAUCACCGCAGGAACUCUCUGGAUGUGUUAUUGGAUGUGACUUUACACCCUGUAUCUGUUUUUAUUUUUGUCUGUUUUAGUGUUUUUUAUAAUAAAGUAAUAUAA